AUGGCCUCCCGCAUCCUGCACCGCCUGCGGCAUGCCCUGACCGGCGAGGGCGAGCGGGACGGCCUGGCAGGCUGCAGCUCGGAAGCCGAAGAGUUCCCGGAAAGCUCCGAGCUGGAGGAUGACACGGAGGGCCUCUCCACGCGGCUCAGCGGGACGCUGAGCUUCACCAGCAACGAUGAGGAGGAGGAAGGAGAGGAAGAGGAGGACGAGGACAUUGGCGUGGCUGGGCAAGGGCAGCCCCCAGAGCCAGACCUGCUGGGCGAAGACACGGAGGACGCUGGUAGGGCCCUGGAGCCGGCAGCAGGGAGGGUGGUUUGCGGGCACAUAGUCAGUGUGUAGGUGCAUAGGAGAACACAGUGGGCAGGGGCUUGCAGUUAAGGGAACUGCCUGCACCCGAAACGGGAAGGAGCCAAGGGGCCCUCUCCAUUAUUAUUAUUCCUCACAAGUGUGUUGAGGGGGAAGGGGGCAGCGCCCGUCCUGUGAUGCCAGCCGUGGCUCAGCACCUUUAGAAGCAACUAGCCCACUGGCAGGUUCUGGUCGCCUCGCCCCCAAAAGGAUGCUGUAGAGCUGGAAAAGGUUCAGAGAAGGGCAGCCAAGAGGAUCCAGGGGAUGGAGGGACUCCCCUAUGAAGGGGCUUUUUAGAGAGAAGGCGAGCAAGAGGUCACAUGACGGAAGUUUGUGGAAGUGAUGCUUCCACAGGGAAAUCGGAUAGAGAAGUCUUUGCCUUCCUCUCUCAGAACACUAGAACUCAGGUGGCUUUAAAAGUGGAUUAGACAAAUUCAGGGAGGAGAAAGAAUUGCUUCUGAAUCCCAGGAGUGGAGAGUGUGGCUCUUGUGCUCAGAUCCUGCCUGUGGGUUUCCUAUAAUGGGCAUCUGGUUGGCCACUGGGAGAAGAAGACGGCCUGAUCCUGCAGGUUCUUCUUCUGUCUUUGGUCCCAGCUCUUCUCCAUGCCAGAAACAGGAGUCACCAAAUCUUCAGCUUGAGCUCUUGCUGACCAGGAAGCAGGAACCCCCUCCCAGAGCUUGACAUCUGCUUUCUUCCUUUUCUGCCCCCCCCCCCCUUGCUGCAGAGCACAGCCCCCCGACGGAGCGCAGGGGCAGCAACCUGCUCACCCGGCAGCUGCAGGAGCUCUGGAGGAAAUCGCGGGGCAGCUUUGUGCCCCAGCGCCUCCUGUUCGAGGUCACCAGCGCCAACGUGGUCAGCGAGCGGAACUCCAAGUACGUGGUGAGUGAGAUGGGGUGGGGGCAAAGGCAGGGAACCCCCUCCAGCCUGUAAAGAACCUGGGAUUGGAGGGGCAGCAAAAACAAGACAGAAGAAGGACCCAACAUCUAGAGGGAGGGAUAUUGUAGAGAGAAGCUGCCUCUCCUGGCCUUAAGUCAGCCAAACGCCCAUGGACAGUUGUUCUUGAGGUCCCCCCUGUCCCUGAGGAAGUUCCAACUCUACGACCUGGAGAAAAAAGGGGGCGUCAGACUUUGCCUGCCCCACCCUCCUCUGCCUUCUCGGUGAUGGUACCCGCCCUGUGGGACGCCCUCCCACCAGAUGUCAAGGAAAUAAACAACUACAGUGGUACCUCUGGAUGCGAAUGGGAUCCAUUCCGGAGCCCCGUUCGCAUCCUGAAGUGAGCGUAAGAUGCAUGGGUCACGUUUCGCCACUUCCGUGCAUGAUGUCAUUUUGAGCAUCUGUGCGUGGGCGAGCAGCGAAACCCAGAAGUAACGCGCUCUGUAACUUCCAGGUCGCUGCGGAGCGCACACCAAAAAUAUUUAAGCUGAAGCGUAUUAAUCCUGAGUUAUGACUGUAUCUGACUUUUAGAAGACAUCUGAAGGCAGCCUUGUUUAGGGAGGUUUUUAAUGUUUGAUGUUUUAUCGUGUUUUUAAUAUUCUGUUGGGAGCCACCCAGAGUGUCUGGGGAAACUCAGCCAGGUAGGCAGGGUAUAAAUAUUAUUAUUAUUAUUAUUAAGACUGGAGUUGCCUCUUCUCGCACCCGCCAUGCCUUAUUGGGAGGGGGGGGUGUCUUGUAGGGUGCCUGGCCCUGACUAUUUUCUCUUUUUCCUUGUGCUGCCACGGUUUGGGCAGAAGAGCCUCAGGUAACUUCCCCAUGGCUGCUGCUGUUUCACCUGCCUGGCUUUCCCAGCCCUUUCCCUGCUGCUUGGGGAUCUGUCCGCGGAAGGGGGGAGGUAGGCUCACGCAGCGGGAAGCCAGGGAGAGGGGCAUGCCUCCCUGUUUGUCUUGCUGCGGGGCGGGGCGGGGGUUACUGGAUUCUGUCCCUUUCUGGGCAGCCCCUCUCACCGCUGCCCCCUCCCUGUCCCACCCCACAGCUCUACACCGUCUACCUGAUCCGCGCGGGGCAGUUCGACAAAGCGCCCGCCUGCAUCUCCCGCCGCUACUCUGACUUUGAGCGGCUGAACCGGCACCUGCGCCGGCGCUUCUGCGGCGACAUGGCGGGCGUCUCCUUCCCCCGGAAGCGGCUGCGGCGCAACUUCGCGGCCGAGACCAUCGCCAAGCGCAGCCGCGCCUUCGAGCAGUUCCUGUCCCACCUGCACUCGCUGCCGGAGAUCCGGCGCUCGGCCGACUACCUGGAGUUCUUCUUCCUGCGCGACCUGCAGGCGGCGCAGAGCCUGACGUGCUCCGGGAGGUACCCGGAGGCCCUGGCGACGUGGGCCAACGCCCACCAGCUGCAGGAGAGGCUGGGCGCCUGCCGCUCGGGCCACUUCCUGCUGACGCUGGCCGGGCUGGCCGUCUGCCACCAGGAGCUGGGCCAGGCCGGGGAGGCGCACGCGGCCUGCGAACGGGCCCUGUGUCUCCUGGAGGCGCAGGACAGUCACCCGCUGCUGGCCCCCUUCCUGCAGGCCCACAUCCGCCUCUCCUGGGUUCUGGGCAGGGACAAGCGCCAGGCAGAGGCCCGGCUGCAGCGACUGCAGGAGGCCGGCGGAGCAGAGAUGCACCCGCCCACCCUGAAGGAACUGCUCAUCAAACAGCCCCUGCCCUGA